AUGGUUGACAUUCAAGUUGACAUUCAAGCUGAUCCUACUUGUAGUUCGUCUAUAGUUCGAUUGGAAUUUGCUAGUUCUUUUUACUUGCAUCCCUCAGAGAGUGCAAGAUCCUUUCUUUUGCCUGCAGUUUUUGAUGGUAUUGGUUAUAAAUCUUGGCGAAGGGCUGUUCUCAGAGCUCUUUCAGUCAAGAGCAAACCAGGGUUCAUUAACGGAGGAAUUGUGCGACCUACUCCCACUGAUCCUAGUUUCAUGCAGUGGGAGAGAUUUAGGCGAUUGCAGUAUGUGAACAAUGCCAAGGAACUCUGGGCAGAAUUGGAAGAAAGGUACGAUCAAACCAAUAAGCGCAAGUUGUAUCAAUUGCAGAAGGAAAUCAAUGACCUUGUCCAAGGCACUCUAGACAUAACUGGUAUUACACAAAAAAUGAAGAAGUUGUGGGAGGAAAUGAGUACCAUUGAUGUCAAUUCUCGGUGCACUUGUGUGUGCACCUAUGGGGGUAAAAGCAAACUGCACAAGGCUGAACAAGAAAGGAGACUAAUACAUUUUUUAAUAGGGUUAAAUGAGAUGUAUACGACUGUCAGAUGCAACAUUAUCAUGAUGAAUACACUUCCUAGCAUGGAUCAAGCUUUUGCCAUAUUAUCCCAAGAGAAAGGCAAAGAGAGGUGA